AAUCUUAUAAUCCAGAAGUCGUUCAGUAAUCAGAAAUAGUAAUUCAAUAAAUCAUUGCUUAGUGCAUUUUAAUUAAAGUAAAAUUUACUAUCAUGGCUGGUAUAUUGUGUUGUAAACGGGAUCAAAAUAUUAUAUAUGAAGAUGAAGAGGAUACCAGAAAAUAUACCCAAAUAUUCCAAGACACUAAAAAAAUACUUUUAUUAGGGACAGGAGAAUCUGGAAAGACUACGAUCAUCAAGCAGAUGAAAAUACUGCAUAUUAACGGAUUUUCUGAGGAAGAACGUAAAGCUAAAAUACAAAACAUAAAGCAAAAUGUUCACGAAUCCAUCUAUGACAUCGUAGAUAAUAUGGACAAGAUAAGUCCUCCUGUGAAGCCGGCAAACGCAGAAACUAAAUUUUCUAUAGAUUAUAUUUUAAGUUUGGGACGAGAGGAGCCACAAGAAUACUCUGAAGAAUAUUACAAUCAUUUAGUAAAACUCUGGACGGAUGAAGGAGUUCAAGAAACUUUCAGACGUUCAAAUGAGUAUCAACUGAUUGAUAGCGCUGAAUAUUUCUUGAAUCGAAUAGAUGAAAUAAGAAAGCCAAACUACAUUCCAGAUACUCAAGACAUUCUUUUUUGUCGAAUCGAGACUCGUAGUAUAUCAAAAAUCGAAUUUGAAAUUCCGCUUAGUAAAUUUGAAGGUGGAAAGGCAAAGUUUUGGAUGUACGACGUCGGGGGACAAAGAGGACACAGAAAAAGAUGGAUCCGGGUAUUCGACGGCAUUCAAGCCAUUUUAUUUUUAAUAAGUGCUAGCGAUUUUGAUCAAACGCUAAGAGAAGAAUCUAGCAAAAAUCGAUUGCUGGAAGCGUUUGAUUUAUUGAGAGAUAUUCAUAAAUGCAAGUUUGUCAGAGAUGCAGGGUUAAUUGUAUUUUUAAACAAGCAAGACCUUCUUAAAAGAAAAAUAGUAGAUCAAGGCAGGCGCAUAGAAGAAUAUUUUCCAGAGUACAAAGAGUACAUUCCCAACAAAAAAGAUGGGUGGGACGGUAUAGAUCAAUAUACAAAGGCUAAAUUGUUUAUGAAACAUAAAGUUAUGGAAAUUGCUUCUACCCCUGUGGCAAUUGAAUCGGUAGGAUUUGUGCCUGGAUACAAUUUUCAUGAAGAAUUGCCGCCAAGAGAAGUUUAUGUCCAUUUUACGGUGGCAACAGAUACCAAUAAUAUUAGAACAGUCUUUGAGAGCGUUAGAGAAAUUAUACUCAGGGAUAUUACUAGUAAAGUUUUUUCUUUGUGAUUGGGAUUAACCUUAGGUUAUAUUGUAAGGAUAAGAUAAUAAUCUUUUAAAAUACACAAAUAAAUAAUGUAUAAAUUUAAUCAA